AGAGAGAAAUGGAGACAAAUAACUCUACGUCUUUCUUCUUUUCUUCUAAAACAUUCAAACGUUUAAAAUUUCUUGAAAAGAAUAAAUGUUUAAAACGAUACAAAAAAUCGUCGAAAGAAAGAAUCCUCCUACUAUCCCUUCUUUUCAGGUUGCUCGACCGGAAAAAAUUAUAGCUGGAGUUAUGACGCUCGGGUCAAUAAUACCUACCCUAGGGCUAUUUUUAAUAACACGAUCGUGCGCGGUAUUCUUACGCGCUUGUGCUUAUGCCUAUCCAUCGAUUCUUUGCGCUUUAAGGAUCACGGAAACGUGAAACCAAUAAAGUGUGGUCGAUCGUGAAAGAUGCAAUAUCUUUUUUAUCCUUUUCAUCUUCACGAUCGGAAAUAUCUUUCUUACGAAAAUUAUUCGUACAUGACAAAAUUAAUUAGCGUUAUCAUAUCUUCAAUUAAAAGAAUGGAACCAACGAUAGAACUUAAAACUUUGUUAUACGAUGAAUUUUCUUGCAAUUCAACCGUAUCCCCGAUUUAUAUCAUUCAGCGCAUGAAAAAAUAGACAAAACAUACGCUUGAUAUUUGCGGUAAAGGCUUCUGUUUAAUAUUACAGUGCUAACCUAUAUAUACUAUACAAUAUGAAUCAUAGAAUCUAUGUAUGUUAAAUUGUACUCGCAACGCUAGAUGGCGUCAUCGUAAUGGGUGUCGUCCGAGUCAAAUUACUAAAUUCGAAGACGUUGUACAUGCGUCCGUUUCUCCUUGCAGUUUAACUUUUGCUUUUAAAAGUAAUAAAAGAUGUGGUCUUUCAAGAUCUCGUACAUAAUUUUCGUUAUUUUGCUAAAUCCGAUCAGUCACGCCCUGGAAUGUUAUGUUUGCACAAAUCAGGAUGAUAAUGAAGACAAAUGCUUAAAAAGCAUAAAAAUAUGUGAACAGGGAGAGGAUGUAUGUUUAACAGAAAUCAAGUGGGGCAGUACACCGUAUUGGUCGCAAGGAGCAAAGAAACAAUUUUAUAUUUCCAAAAGAUGUUCUACCAAAGUAGAGUGCGAAAGAAUACGACGCAAUAACAUGCCAUUGUGUACUCAUAUUUGGUAUCAAGAUUGGAAAUGUUCGGAAUGUUGUCACGGAGACAAAUGCAAUUAUUAUAUUAUUUCCGACGCAAGCAAAGUAAGAGCUACUGUUGGAAGUAUCAUCUUGGCAUUACUUUCCGUCUUUCUACUUGGUAGAUAAAAUUGGUUAUUGUAUUAAACAUUGCCUCCAUUUAUUGGAAGGUGUAGUAUUAUUCGAUAUCGAAGACACGAAUCUAUUAUACAUUGGAUCGAACAUGACAGAUAUCUGUAUCGUUUCAAUGACGUUUCUUUAUCAGAAAACAACGAUGUAGUAUGUUAUAUACGUAUAAGAACGUAUAACUAUCGUUGAAUAUUUGCAUUUGAUCUAUAAUACAGAUAUUAUGUACAAAUAUGUUUUCAUAGAAAAAACUCCGUCCAUAAUUUAGACUGUUUAUAUAUUCAUUAUAUUAGUCGAUAAGUAUUUUUUAUAUAACUUUUAUACAUAAUUCAUUAUCCAAGCAUUUCAUAUUUAUUCGAUCGUACGAAAAACAAAUGUAUUUGUAACUUUUGUACAUUUAUGAUGUACAAGGUACUCGUAUCGUAGUAUAUAUGUAUACGAAUUAUUUUUAUAGAACAAUAGUACAUACUUACUUUAUGAAACGUUAUUUUUCAUAGAAAAUUUAUAUAUAACUUCAUUCUCUUUAUAGAAAUGUAUAUAUACGCAUUCGAAAUAUACAUACAUACAUAUAUAUAUAUAUAUAUAUAUAUAUAUAUAUAUAAGGUUAUAUAUAAUAAGUAUUCAUAUAUAUGUGUAAGGAUAUAUAUAUAUAUAUAAUUUUAUAUACAUACACACACGCGUGCGCACGUAUGUUGUGUGUAAUGUAUGAAUAUGUAUGUACGUACGUACGUUCGUACGUAUAUUUAUACGCGCAUGGAUAGAAGCGCGUACACAUACGCGAAUAUUUGUUCGUAUGAUGUACAACGCUUACAAUCCGUCCAACUUGUUACAUUAAUAAAGACAUUUUAUUGAGAA